AAGCUCUGUCAGAUGGGCGCCUGAAUUACUUUCCCAGCUGAUCGUUUGACUCGACAUUGGCCAGUACACAGCUUCGACCGUGGACCGUGUAGCAGUCGAUCUAUGAAAACCAAACGUUGCCAUUACUAUGACUCUUUGGGGCAGCCCAGGACCUUGCAGCGGAAUGGAAAGCCCUUUGAUCCAAACACGGAUUAUGGAUGUAAAUGCCGCCGUUUUUUUGCGCAUCCUGAAGAUCCCGAAUGGGCUUCACUCCCCCCCGUCCCUGCUCCACCCUUCCUGGUCGGAACUCCAUCGCCAUCUCCUCCUCCUCAAGCUUCCUCGAGUAUCGGUGACCAUCCAAUGCCAGUCAAGCAGGAUAAUGCGAAGUCAAUGUUGACACUCAUUGAGCUCAAGUCAGACUAUGAGAGCCUUUUGACACAAUAUAGAAGAUUGCAGCAGAUUCUGAACAACACCACACUGUUGCCUUCCUCUCAUCCUUCGGGACAACAAUUGUCUAGAGCACAACUGGUUUCACGUCGGGAAACUGUUGAAAAGAAUAUGAAGGAAGCCUAUGCACGAUUACAGGAAUUCGACCAAAACACCCCAUUCGAGUUUGGCAGCCUCGAUACUACACUUGAGCCGAAUAUCUCUGUACUCAAAAACCUGCUUCGAGAGCUUAAGCUUAAGCUCGUGGAGGCUGAAUCAUUAAGGAACAGAGUUGAAUCAAACUUCAAAAAGGCCUCUGUUGAGCAGGCUCAAGUGGAGUCAGAUGGAGACAUCAUAAUGAAUGCUCCUUCGUCGACAUUUCAGAAACAAGAUGGAUAUUCACCCCCUCCUCGUGUUUCACUAUCAACUGAGAAACAUCUUGUCCUCCUGCAGGGCAUGCUUGAUAGAAUUUCCAAGCAAGUGGCCUCAGUAGGAAGCAAUGUAAUGGAACAAGAGGAUGUGAUCAAGAGCAUCAUCCAGAGUUCACAUGAAACAGUGACAUCUUCGGAGAGCAUUGUUGAUGGAAUUCACCAGGAUAUUGAACAUUUCGAUGAUGAACUCUCUGAGCUGACAGCAAUGACUGCUGAAACCAUUGCUGAAGAUAACAGGUUGGAUAUUGAAUACCAAAAGUUACAGAAGGAAAGAGAGAACCAAGAAAUUGAACUACAAAAACUUAUGGGGUGUCUCGAAAAACUUGAGAAGGAACGCAAGAAAGAUGAGAGCGAUUUAGCUACCCUCUCCACUGCCCUGACAGCCUAUAUGGAGAAGUCGACUAUGUCACCUCCAUCUUCACCUUUCAUACCUGAAGAUAUUGUAGUCGCUUUGGAGGAACAGAUUACCCCGCUGAUUCGGAACGCAAUCAAGCCCCACAUAGAAAUCCUACGCUCAGAACUGGAACAAGAAAUAACGAAACGCGAGAUGGAAACAUCCAGUACACUAUCACCCAUCUUCACGGUGACACACCAGGCCUUACAGAGUGUAUCAAAUGCUACAUCCAAAAAGUGAACCCGAACGUGAUGUUCUUUGUUAAUUAUUCGUUGUCAUCGUAUCAUAUUGUACUUGGAUGUUAUCGGAAUGCUUCGUAUAAAACACGCGUCAUGGCUACACUGGUGGAUUAGAUUCUUCAUAGGAACUGCCAUCCGCGAACUGUAGGAACCGUGUCCCAACACGACCCGCUUGCUCAGGGGAAUGCGUUAUCCAGACGAUCGCUUUCAGCGGGCUUUCACUGGAUUUCAAAGUAUCCAAAAUAUGCCGUUCGACUAGGAGACAAGAGUCCUGGUCCAAUGCUGACGUUGGCUCUAUAUAAAGUGUAUCAGCGACGGACAAAUGAUAUAAUGAUUAAUGAAACGCACCAUCUAGAAGCAGCACCUCGGCG